UCCUGUCGUCCGAGCUCAAGAUCAACGAAGUGAAAUCCACGAAAGUUGUGGGCGAAGAGCUGGUUGUGUUCCGGACUCAGGAUGGCGUCGCCCACGUGAUGGACGCCUACUGUCCCCACCUGGGGGCCAACCUGGGCGUCAUGGGUCGCGUUGUGGGAGACUGCAUCGAGUGUCCUUUUCACGGAUGGAGGUUCAGAGGAGAAGAUGGGGUUUGCACGCACGUGCCUUACGCAAGCAAAGGUGUGAUUUUUAUACUUCAGACAUGGUCCUGUACGCGGCUUCUGCAGAUUCAGCGCUUCGUGGCGUUCCUUCCACCUCCUGCAUUCGUGAAAGCUAAGACCUGGAUCUCCAAGGAAGUCUACGGUUUACUUCUGGCAUGGUACCAUGCGGACGGCGAAAAGCCUACAUGGGACGUGAAUGAACCCGAUGAGAUCACCAGUGGGCGGUGGAGGCGAACCGCGUUGUACGAGAAACAAAUCCAUGGCAUUAUGCAGGACAUCGCUGAAAACGGAGCAGACGUCAACCACUUCAGCCACGUCCACAAGGCGUCAGCCUUUGCAGGACCUAAAGAAUACCAGCGCUUUGCAAGCACCUCCUGGUUACGUCGUGCCAUGACUUUCGAGUUUGACGUCAAAUGGUCUGAGCACGAUUUCAAGGUUCUUGUUAGUAUGGACAAUCGAGUGAAAAUCUUUGGCUGGACGGCUCUCUCAACUCAUACUGACUUGUGGCAGCUAGGACCGGCCUUGACUGUAGCGCAGACCACGAGCUCAUUUGGCAAUCUCUUUUACGUCAUCUCCCUCACACCACGUGGCCCAUUGGACAUCAGCACCGUCAUCCAGACUUACGAUGGUCGUAGCUUGUUUUGGCCAAUCCGGAGGUUGAUGGAAAGCGCUACUUCAACCAUUGUCGAUCAGGAUACUCUCAUAUGGGAUCACAAGACGUUUCUCAAGAAUCCUGGCCUGGUGAAAGAGGACAGUGCUAUUAAAACUUUCCGGGAGUGGUACGCGCAGUUCUACAGCAGCAAGAGUCUCACGUGGCGGGAUGUGAAGGAGAAGACACUACUCUGGUAAAGGUUCUGAAGAAGCU